GCGAAUUACAGUAUCAGCUGUUUACUAGUUGUGUGCCACACGAAAAAGUUAAAAUUUAUUUUUAUUUAUAGCGUCUUUUCGGCUUUUAAAAAAUGUCUGAGCGUAAAGUUCUUAAUAAAUACUAUCCCCCGGAUUUCGAUCCGUCGAAAAUUCCUCGUAUGAAAUUGGCCAAAAAUCGGCAAUAUACUGUACGAUUGAUGGCUCCAUUCAAUAUGCGAUGCAAGACGUGCGGAGAAUACAUUUACAAGGGCAAGAAGUUCAAUGCCCGCAAGGAAGAUGUGGAGAAUGAAACAUAUCUGGGAAUACGGAUCUAUCGGUUCUACAUAAAGUGCACGCGAUGCUUACAGGAGAUUUCCUUUAAAACAGAUCCUCAGAACACGGAUUACGAGAUCGAGGCAGGAGCUACGCGAAAUUUCAUGGCUCUCAAGUUGGCCGAAGAACAGGCCCGACGCGAAGAACGUGAACUACGCGAGGAGGAGGCAAACAAUCCCAUGAAAUUACUCGAGAAUCGCACAGAACAAUCACGUAAUGAAAUUGAAAUGUUGGAAAGUCUCGAAGAGUUGCGGGACUUGAAUCGCCGCCAACAGACAGUGGACUACUCCACAAUGUUGCAACAAUAUAACACUACAGAAACGGAACGAGAACGUUUAGAACGCGAAGAACGUGAGGACGAGGAGUUUAUCAAAUCGGUAAAUUUCAAAGGCAAAUCAGAGGGAGGCACACGAAUAGUGGCUGAAGAAAUAAUUGAGGAUGUGAAAGAGGAGAUAAUCGACACAAUGCCAGCACCAGCACCACCGCCUGCCAAAAUAGCAAAGCCCAGUGUCCUGACUGUGGCCGGCAAGACAAAUAAGAGCAGCACCUUAGCUCAGCCCUUGGUUAAACGCAAAACGCCCUUGGUUCUAGUCAAACCCAAGACUGCGACUGCAACACCCUCACCUUCAUCCUCUGUCGCAUCAUCAACAACGACUCCAUGUGUUCCGUCGGCUACAGCUUCAUCAGUUCCUGUUCCCUCUACAUCAACAGAAGCAUCAAAACCGCCAGCAGCACCUGUUGGCUUAUCCCUUCUAUCCGCCUACAGUGAUAGCUCAGAGGAAGAUUCCAAUUGACAAUAUUUUAUACAUUGUAUUCUAUUCAAACUAAAAGUUAACUUUUACUUACAAAAUUUUACAAUAAAUCUAUUAGCUUCAUUCAAAAAUA